UGUCGUCCGCUUGUUUCAAGUGCACAUGGUCGAGUUGCUGUAAUUGUUGAUAAAGAAGAGUCACGCUUUAUCGUUAUUAAUAGUGGCCUGAACGCUCUAGGGUGCGUGUGUGAGUGAUAACCGGAAGAAAUUAUUUUGUUCAUCCGAGACAACAAAUGGUUGGAUUCAAAUGAGAUGGAUCAGUUGGCAAUUGGCUCUCAAUGAAGACAUACGCUUGACCAUUUCUUGUCAUUAAUCCUGUCGUUGUUUGCUCUUCAGUGAUCAGUGAAACAGUCUCUAAAGUAAUCCGUCAACACAGGGAACACGGGAAAGAAGAUCUGUGGGGUCAUACCUCUAUGAACCACCGAGCACCAUGACCAAAGCAAAGUCGCUCAAAUCGGUGCUCUUGUUUUUUAUCUGUCUGAGCACUUGUCACCAAUGGGUUAGAGGUGAGGCUGAGGCCGUGGCAGCGGCUGAGGCUGAGGCCAUUGCACUGGCUGAUCCUGAGGCCGAGGCCAAUGCCAAGGCGGACGCUGAGCCAGCCCCAAAGGCCAAGCCAGUGAGUAUUGUACCGGCGGCCUACAAAAAGACUCCCUUGGGAUUCCCUGCUGUUCUGGAGAUUACCAAACAGAAAAAGAAUAAGCAUUCCAUUUAUAUGGAGAUGAUGAAAGACCCUGUGGUCCCAAAGACCAAAAGGAAUGACGAGCCUUUGCCUUGGAAAGCUUACGAAGAGGUCAUUACUCGAGAAUCUCGAGAAAUGAUGACCAGAGAUUCCAGAGCUCAGAGCAAACCUCAAGUUAAACGGCAGAACGACAAAUUCCUUAAAGAUGUUCCCAAGGAAUACCGAACAAUGACGAGAGAAUCCCGAAGUCAAAUCCACCCACCUCCGAACACCGACGAGUCCAAGGCAAACUCUUUGCAUGCCCCUAAACCAAUCCAGCAUCACAUGAACCCUGGUAGGACUAAUGACCCCCGGAAACGCCAAACAACACAGGGGGCAAUCGGACCAGAUGAUAUGGAUCAAGGGGGGUCGUCGAUGAAUUUGAGCUUUAAAAAAAUCCAAUCCGAAUCGUCCGGGGGGACCAUUCCUAUGCGGGAUUUCUUCUCAGGUUUCCAACCAGUUCAGGGCCCGGUAGAUAGCUCCCAAGGCCAAGGAAGAUCUUUGUCAGAAGGCCAAGGGGGUAAAACCAAGAAACUCAGCUCAGCCGUCACAUUAGAUGGCUACAUGAGUGGCGAGAGCCAAAACGGAGCCAUGGUCGGUUUCAUGGCAUCUCAGUCCAAGUCAAAGGAUUCAAAAUUUAUGGACAAACAAGGUGAACUUUCGCCCAAACCAAAGCGUCAAUCAAACGAUGUAAUCUACUCUGGCACAUUCACUAUCGGACCAGAACCGGAACCUCAACCACCAAUUGUUCCGGGGCAUUUCACCCGAGGUUCCUCAGCGUCCAAAGAGGUUUCGAGUGUAGAAGACACGAGCAAAGAUCUUCCACCUUUUGGGCCUCCCUACCACGAUUCCGGAAUCAUCAAAGAGAAGGCCAAUGACAAUUCUGGGGAUAACAAACCCAAUGAGAUUACCUCAAAUAUGCUACCCCCUACAUCUUUCCAGCAAAUUGCGGAGAAGAAACAGAAAAAAGCCGACUCUAAACAUAAGGAAGGGUCAGUAGGCUUCCAAAAGAUUGAAAUGAAUGGAGUGGAGGUGGCGUUUGACAUACCUAACAAAAAUGACAAAGUCCGCAAAAACAUGGUCAAAAUAAUCCGAAAGAAACCCAGGGACCGAGGUGGCGACGAUUUUAAUCCGAACAGAGCUAGAAAUCCCAACAAAGCGAGAAAGCCCGUGCGUGUCAUCAAAAAGGGAGAAAAAACUCAAGAAAAUAACGACUCAAUCGAAACAGACUUGGAAAAUGAAGAAAAUGAGAGCCUGAAGGAGCUGAAGCGUCCGGAGCGUGGUCACUUGUCCCAUUUGACGCAUUUUCCGGUCAUCAAAAAGGGAGAAAAAACUCAAGAAAAUAACGACUCAAUCGAAGUAAACUUGGAAAAUGAAGAAAAUGAGAGCCUGAAGGAGCUGAAGCGUCCGGAGCGUGGUCACUUGUCCCAUUUGACGCAUUUUCCGGUCAGAGAUCGCAUUCCAGUCCAACAUGGAUUUUUGAAUGAUCUUGAUGGACCUCCAAUCAAGAUUGACAUUCAUGUGGAUCCCCAUGCCCCCACACCUGGACCACUUCAAGUAAACAUUCCGAUCGAUCCUCAACGUCAACAUCAUCCACACAGACCAGAACUAUCCCACUUUCCACCAAUUGAGCCCAUACACGAUCUUCCCUUCCCACCAAUCCCUGUGCAUGAAGGAGACACUCAUUACGGUGCUCCCUUACCGGAUGGGCAAGCGGUGUCACUUGAUGCACCCAGUGACCACUAUGGGCCUCCAACGAAGCCUUUGCAUAUCUAUGGUGCUCCACUACCCGGGGACGGCUAUGGAUACCCUGUCCCAGAGGAAAACUAUGGUCCACCAGAGGCUGCCUCGGUUGAGAAUUACGGUCCCCCGCCGCAGCAUCCUCCACUUCACGAGCCUGCUGACCAUUAUGGUCCUCCUCAGCAUCCUCAAAUACAUGAGCCUGAAGACAAUUACGGUCCCCUAGAGCAUAUUCCAAUAGACGAGCCUAGCAACCAUUACGGCCCCACACCCUCACCUACCCCUCACCCAAUCAUUUCGCACUCUUCCACUCCACCCACCUCGGUCCCCAUUUUUUAUGAUCAUACUACUCCUGGACCGAACCUAAUUCAAACCACCACCAAAAGCCAUUCCCCCGUUUUUCACAAUGACCACGCCCAUGACUUGGCCCACGCCAUUACCAAGACACCUAAUAGCUAUCUCUUAACCACGAACCCACCGGAGGAGGUGUCCACACUUCCUCCCUUGCCUGCCAAACCCUUGCACUAUUUCCAUGCCACCACCACAUUGGCACCAAGACACUACGAUCUUCCAUUUGUUCCUCAUUCCGAGAAUGGUUCAGAUCUCGUGAAAGGUUUGCCUAAAUUGCCACACAAACCUUACUUUCCACCACCAGCCCCCAGCCCCAGACCUUUCCACCAUUCGUCUGACCCACACCAUCAUCCUCGUCCAACUCCAUUCCCUUUUGAACAUGAGAAGCACCAUGUUCCACAUUUCCAUGAGUCAAAGGGUCCCUUGCCCAAGCCCAAAGAACCAAAGGGUAUCCUGAGUCCUUUUGAUUUGGUUCAUGAAAUCUACUCUAAAAAUGAGCACUUACAUCAAGUUCAAGCUUUGCCACCGCCCGGUCAUUUGGAUCUAGUCAAGUUUGGCAAGGGGCAACAUCAUGAUCAUCAACAUCAUCAAGAACCUCCAAGGCAUCAUCCAAUCCUAGACCCCAAGGCUCAUCGAGAUUCCUUCACCACCCCGUUGAAACCCACUCCAGCGGUUCCCAUUUUUCAUAGCACCACUGCAAAGCCUUUCCAGCCUCAUCGACCUCCCACCCCCACACCGACUGUCUUCUCACAUUCAUCUCCUAAGCCACAUUCACAUAAAGAGCUGACGGCAGUUUUUGCCACAGCCAGUCCAAACAAAGAAGAGGUCAGAGGUUUACCCAAGAAGACACAUCCAACUCCCAGAUAUCACACAAACCAUGGUCCAAGCUAUGGCCCCACUCAUGGACCCAUUUUUGGCCCUACCCAUGGGCCAACCUACCGCCCACAUCAUGGGCCCACCUUCGGUCCUCAGCUACCCCCGCAUCUACGCCAGGGACCGACCUACGGACCGUUUCAGCAUCACGCACUAAAUCAUGGGCCAAGUCCUCACCCUCUUCAUCGCAGCACCGUGGCUCCUCAUAUAUAUCGGCCCACGAGUCCUCCUCCACCAAAACCCAAAGUUCUGACUCAAGAGAUCCUCAAUCGGAAGCCAAUUAUUCUGAAGCCCAAUCUUCCCCUGGAACUCAGAGGCCCGACUGCCAGGCCUAAGUCCUUGGCUCGAAGGCCAAUCUCAUCAGUCCUUACCCCGAGACCGCUGAAGCUCAUUCGAGUUCCAUUGUCCAUUGAAGAGCCCAAAACAGAAGAGUACGAGUAUUACUAUUACGACGAAGAACCCUAGAGAGAAGGCGCGUACUCGCACAAAGACGGCGACGAUUCUAGGAGUAGCUCAGAAGAGGACACAAAGGAUCGUGAAAGCCGAGAUAAGAAACCAGAAGAUGAGGAGGAAUAUGACGAGGAAUACGACGAGGAGUACCAAUAUGAUGAUGAAUAUGAGUAUGAUGACGACUAUCUUGAAUCCUCUAAUGAAGAGCUGAACAAGAAGCCUGUCAGUGAUAUUGAAGCGAGUGACGAUGCACCAACACCUUCGCCAAUUUUUGGAUCGUCCAAGACAAAGUUGGAGCAAUUGCUGAGCUCUCAACUCACCAGCCUUGGAUUUGGAGAGGCAACAAAGAAGACAAACGAGGGAUAGCCGCUGACCAAAUUUUGGCUUUUCAGUGUUACUCUUAAAGCUCAAUCAAACCAUGUUGAUCAUGGGUUGAGUCUGUUUGUAUGCAUUUGGCAUUAUUUGUUUGUUUUUCUUUUCAUUCAUAUAUUUAUGCAGUUUUGUUAUGUGGCGAAGCCUUCCUUUCGGCAUUUCAAUAACACUCUAUUUAAGAUGAA